GAAAAAACAACUUGCUGAGCCAUUGUAAUUCUUCGGAAAAAGGACAGAAGACAGAGAUGUAGUUCUUGGGAAAAAAGACAGAAGGAAGACAGAGAUGUAGAGAUGUAGGGAGUGGCUUUUAUCAUGAAAGAGGCCUCUUUCUGCCUUCACCAUUUUUUGAAAGAACAAGGGAUAAAGAAAACAAACCAAAGCCUCUUCAUGGGACAGAGACACUUCAGAAGGGAAGGCAAUUAAUAUGUCAAGGAGGGACUGGAAUAGUUUCCACCCCUCUUUUAGAGUCCAAAAUUAUUUUUCGUUACUUAUUAACUGCCUUGCCUUAUUAAACAAAGUUGUGUUAACUAAUAUAUAGUCCCAUGGUUUACUUAUGAGAGUAUCUAAUUCCCAAAAAGCAAAGAGGGCUGAAGAUUUGCAUUUACAGAUGGAAAUUUAUGUUUAGAAUCAAGACAUACGAGCCAGUUAUGUUCUAUCAGCCAGUGUGAUGCAAAUUCUCUUUUGAGUGAGAUUUCAGGGGCAUCUUUAAUGCUUGAAUCAGCCCACAUUGCUAAGCCAGCUGCCUUGUGGCUUGAUGACUUUCUUGUAUGGAUGUCACCCGAGGCUUUUGGUUGCUGUUGGAAAUUUGUAGAUGGCAGUUAUUGUCCCCCUGAUGACCAGCCUCCUUAUUGUUCACCUGAUGAAGAUUCUUGUGACUUGGAUGGCAUUUGCAAGGAUUGUACAACUUGCUUCCUUCACUCGGAUCUGGAUAAUGGUCGUCCAUCUAUAGCUCAGUUCAAGGAGAAGUUGCCAUGGUUCCUCAAUGCACUGCCCUCUGCUGACUGUGCAAAGGGUGGCCAUGGGGCUUACACAAGCAGUGUGGAUCUGAAUGGUUACGAGAGUGGUGUUAUACGAGCCUCUGAGUUUCGUACUUACCACACAUCACUAAGGAAACAGGAUGAUUUUGUUAAUUCAAUGCAUGCUGCACGAGAGUUUAGCUCAAGGGUUUCUGAUUCUUUGAAGGUUCACAAAUUUAACUUGCAGUUUUGUCCCGGAAUAUUCUUUUGCUGUUAUAGUUGCAUAUGAAUAUGGUUUGGGGUAUUGGCUUUCAGUGAAAGUACUUAUUUGACAAACGUAUAAAGUUAUGGGUGUUCUUUUCCUCUAUGAGAUAUAGACCAUCUGCAAUUAUAUGUCUACAGAACAUAGAAAGUGACAAAUCUACACUUGCCAAAGAUGUUAAUUUAUUUGUUGGACUGUAUUGGUUUUUCAUAUCGGAAGUGCUUCUCAUUUCUUUGGUUUUUCUCUUCCCUUGUGUGCAGUCUAUCCUUAGUAUCAAAAGUAUUCUCAGCAAAUUAUUUGAGACUUUCAAUCAAUACCUUGACUAUGAUUAAUCUUUAACUGAGUUUCUGGAAAUACAUGUCAAACAAGAUUCUAGACUAGGUGUUUGCUCAUGUUAUUUAUUCAGUUGUGGUUAAAGCUUCAUCAAUUAUACACUGCAUAGAGACAAUUAUUCUCUUACAAGUCAGGUUUUGAUUGAGAUCCAUUCUUGAGACAGUAACCAAUUAAUGCCAUAACUCACGUAAGACAUUUUUUGAAGAAUAAUUCCGGCUCACUUAUGAUGCAACAUUAAUUGCAUUUUCCUGGUCAAUUAGUUAUGCAAGUGGGCUGAUAUUCCAAAAUGUAACAAAAUAAGUUGUUUGUAGGAAGUCCUAGUAACUUCUAAUAAAAUGUGUAAUUUAUGAACAAUUUCUCUUGUUCAUCUCUUGUUGCAUUGGCAAUUUCGCUGCCUAAUAAUUUGAGCUCUUCUUAUCUUCUGAAAUCAAUGUUCCCUUCUUUCAUUCUUGUUUGGAGUUAUCUGCAAUGCAAGUACUUAAUUUUUCUUUUUAUGCUUGAAGGCUCACAAUGGUGAUGAAUUUUUUCCAUUUUUAUUCAAUAUAUUCACAGAAGUUAUUUGGAAGUGUACCCUUGCACCAUGCAUUUGGUUGACCCAUUCAUGGCCUGAUCAUUUAGAUAAUUCUUUAUUGCAUUUCCAUUCAUGGCCUAGUCGGUUAGAUAUUCUUUAUGGUAUUAUUGACACAUUCAAUUUAAGUGGUAGUGCCAAGGAGAAGAAUAAAUAAACAAUCAACCCUCAAGAUUAUAGUAAUUGGUUUUUCAAAUGACUUGGGGCUGUGGCUGAGGCUGUAUGCAUGAGGCAAUUUAUGUGUCUAAACAAUAUUUCUUUUUCUGGUGUGUGGCGUAUGCUCACUUUAUUGAAGCUUAGUGAGGCCCCUUCCAAACCUUUAUCCCCCCAAAAAAUUGUCUUUUGCUUUGAGUCUACUCCCUUGAACUCUUAUCAAUAGUUUUUUCUUCUUUUUUACUUGGGAUAUGGAAUCUGACAUAGGCAGGCAGUAUGUUCAGGUCUUUUACAUCUUAUUCUAAGCCUAUGCUCUUGUCAUGAAGUUGUGUCUUUAACGCAUUGACUGUACUUACCUGAUGCAAAUCGAGAUCUUUCUGUAUUCUGUGUUCUAUAUUUUUUUUGAACAAUAUCUAGAUAUAUGGGAGACAGCUGUGAUCAACAUUGCUAUAGCACUUGGUUGGUAUUCAAACUCUACACUACAAUGAUUUACAUUUGCAGAGCCCUUUCACUCCAUGUGACAAAGAUUGGAGUUUCCAAUUUUGUGAUGUUAUUGUCCUGGUGGUUGCUAGUAAUUCCAUUAAAUUCUUUCAUUUUACUGCUAUCUCUGCUUGAAUUGUUGUUUCAUGCUGCUUUCAAGUUGUUCUGUAUGAUAUGAUCAAGUCAUCUUUGUGGUGGUUAGAAGCCUCCAUUAGUAAAGACAGUAUUUAUUUCUUUUGUGAAACAUAAUUGAAAAUUUUGUUCGUUUGAACGCAAGUCUUAGGACUUCAGAAUGUGUAGCUAGUAUUCUGAUUGAAGGUGCUAUUUUUUGCUGGGAUUUUCUGUUCAUUUAUCUAAUUCCAGAUGUUAGAGAUACACAUGUAUUUUAUUACCUUCUAAUUGUGACUAACAUCACUUAACAAUAUAUUAUGUAUUUGUAUCGUUUCAUGCCAUUGGAAGCAUUAUUUUGAGCAAUUAUUGACUAUCUAAUUUCUUGAU